AAACAACCAUACCUGAUAGUAAAAAAAAGAUCAUUUUUAUAAAGCAGUGGAGUGAACAGUUGUUAUAAGUAGGCUUAAUGGAGUACUAUUGGGAAACAGAUUGCCCAUUAAAAUGAAGUUGCAUUUUGCUACAGGAAAAUACGGUUUGCUUAUUAGAAUUGUCUGUUUGCUUUCAUGAAGUAUAGUAUUUUUUACUCAAAAUCUUAAUGUAAUUUACCGAUUUGUCAUUAACAUGACAUUUUGUAACGCACAUUACCUUCUUGUCUAGUCGUAGCGAUAGACAAUGUGUAGUCUUUUGGAUAUUUUACUAAAUGCGUAGCGAGAGUUCAGCGCUUUGAAAAUAGGUGACAGUAAAUGAAGAAUUAAAUGGCAUCUGUAUAACAGUAGUUAUUAAAGAGUUUUAAGAGAUAACGUCAAGCAGACAUGGAAUACUUGCGAGCCACGUCAUGAUGUGUAUUUUUGCAUUCUUUGCUUUGAAAGAAUCUGCUUGUAAAUGAAAUGUCCAGAAAACUAACAACUGUAGUUAAAACUUUUAAAUUGCCAUGUUCGGUUGUAAUUUUAAUAUAUUAGCUGUAAAAUCACAUCUUAACUAUUUCGCACAUGUAAUGGUAAAGUAAUGCAUUAGAAUGCUUUCACGUAGUAUUCAUUGUGAAAGACCUUCAUGGAUGCUUAGUGGUCACACUUUAAAAUUGCCAAUUGAAAAAAAAAUAUAGAGAGAGAGACAGGUCUGAAACUAGAAGCAAAAAGGGUUUUAGUAAAUGUCAGCUUUCUCCCUGCUGUAAAACGUUUGAACUGUGACUGGAAGUUGGACAAUUCCUGUAUAGCAUCCGAACAGAUGGAUCAAGGGAACAAAUUUGUCCUCAAAAAAAUGUCCAUCUCAACUCCUGGGCCAUAUCAAAAGUGCAGCCCUACUCCUAAUCACCAACAAAACCAGAGCGUGUGUUUUCUCCCAGUCCAAAAGAUCAUACCUUGCUCUUUCCCAGUAAAAAUAUACAAUGCUUGUCCUGUCCAAGGACAGAACUAUGGCUUGCUUCCUGUCCAAGGACAAAUAUACAGCUUGCAAACUGUGCAAGGACAGACAUACAGCGUACAAAAUGCUCAAAGUAAGACUGUAUUUGCUGUCCAGAAGCAAAUGUAUAGCAUGCUUGCUGUGCAAGGACAGCAGCAUGGAACACUGCCUGCCCAAGGUCAAAAGGGCUCCUGUCCUCCUGUUGUAAAUAUAAACAGUGUGUGUAAAUCUCCAAGAGAUAUGGAGAGCGUACACCCCAUCCCAAAAGAAGUGAAGAAUCCAGAUUUCUUACAGCAAAAUAAAAGCAUGUCUCCUGCCUGUGAAAAACAAAAAGAUUCAUACAUUCUCUGUAAAAAAAUAGGAGUAGAACUCAACAUAAAAUCAGGUGCAGCAGAAAGGCCAAAAGUGGACAAGCAGUUGCUCACCAAUGGUGUUAUGCUCGAAAUUCAUGAAUUUGUCAGGAAAUCAGGCAUGCCAAAGAAUAUGUCUCUCUUUAAUAUUUUAGACUAUAACUUUGAUCUUGGCUUGGAAAGUGAGCAACAGAAAAACUAUUUUUCAUGUAGUGUUGCGAGCUGCGUUCAAACAGUGAUUAUGAAGAAACACAACGUUUCUGCUUCAGAGAGACUGGAAUUCAUGGAGCAGGUCUUUUCUCUGCCUCUCCCACAAAAACCGCAGCUCGCGUCACCUGUGGAAUCGAUUGUCGUAGAAAUUGAAAGCUGCAGUAGUGAUGAAAUGGAAGAAGAGCCAAGCAAGAGGGGGACUGAAGCCCUGAAGGCAGACAUUGUAAAAAAACGGAAGAUUAUUGAGAAGCUGAAGGAAAAAUGUGAGGCUUUAAAAGAUCAAAAAGCCCAGUUGCUUGAACAAAGAAAAGAAAGACAGCUACUGCUGCACAAGGCCAAAAUGGAACUCCAGGCGGUAACAAAGAAGUUUGCUAAAGCAAAGGCGAAGCUAACCAGGCUGUGUGUCCGAAAUAUUAACAAAAGGAUAAAGCGACGCGAUAACAAGAUACAGGUGCUUGAAAAGAAAUUAGAAAGGCUGACACAAGAAUUUGAAGCUGAGAGAGAUCAAUUGGAGGAGGAAAGAAAAAGGCUGGAGCUCCAAAACGCCAUUCUAGAAAAGAACGUGAAAAAGUACAGAUAUGAAAAGAAAAAAGAGACUAUGCGAGCAAAUUACAAUAAGAAAGUGGCACAGGAGGUGAACAAGAGCCAUCUGCGUUCCGCGACUGGAAAGAGAAUCCAAAAGCUCAACGACGAGGUGUAUUUUUGGCAGGCCAGAUACACUGAAGUCAAGGAUGAGUUGGAGGAUUUAGUACAGAAAAAGAUACCCACUUAUGAAAAAGCGAAGUACAAUGACACGGUGAGGGAAGUCUACAUGGAUUUAGUGGCAAACAUGGGUGUCAGCUGCAGCAAAGUGUCUCAGGUUGUUAGGACAGUGUUGGAAAAACUAGCUGGCAUGAAAGUAGAUAGACUGCCUAAGGGAAGUAUUUGUAAAACAAUGGUAUUGGAAGCAAGACAUGUAGCAUUGCAACAUGUAAAAGAAACAAUUUCUAAAGAAACUGAUGUCACGCUUUGUACUGAUAGCACAACAAAAUUUGGACACAAGUACAGUACUGCAGGCAUCUUUCUGAAAGACAGAACUCGUCUAAAUAUAGGCCUUAGAGAACAGGCUUCAGGUUCUGCAAUGGACCUGUUCAACGUGGUCAAAGAAAUGGUCCAAGACAUUGUGAGAAGCCCAGGAGUAGAUAUUGAUAAAACUGACCAUUUAGAAAAGGAAGUGUUUGUCAAAAUAUCAAAUCUUUUUGGAGAUAGAGCAAACACGGAGAAGAAGUUCAAUACAAUUCUCUCCGACUACAGAUCAAAAAUUCUCCCCAACAUAGUUGAAAGGUUUGUCAAUUACAGUGAAUCCGAAAAGGCAAAACUUUCUCUUGUGAAUGAGCUUUUCUGUGGUUUGCAUUUAAUUGAUGGGUUGGCGCAUCAGGCAAAUGUGACACUUGCACUGUGGGAGAAAAUGAUGUUUGGAGAUGCUAAUGUAGGUUCACGGUGCUUGCCAGAAGUUUGCAAAAGCGACACUUCUGAAUGUGGAACAGUCAGAUUAAUACGUACUGUGUGUAAAGCCGUCCAAGAAAAAGGCAGUGAAAAAUAUGGAAAGCCUGUUAUUUUUAAAACAUUUUUAGCCAGCAAAAAUAAACAGGAUUAUGUGCCACUGUCUCCCUUCAGAGGUAAUAGAAUUAAUAUUGUGUUUCACAAUGCAGCAGGGGUAUACUUUUUAUAUCCUGAUUUGGUGGAGUUCACUGCUGAAUUUCAGCAUGACAACAGCCUAGUGGCUGAAGUCCAUGCAGAUCUCAAUGUUCCUCAAUAUGUGGCUGGGUGCAGGGCUCUAGGGCUUGUUGCCAAAAUCAUUACAGAGCCCCUUUGGAGAGUCAUGUCUAAGAAAGAACAUGUUUUGGCAAUGAAUGACAGAUACCAAACCUUAGUUUCAAAGCUUAAGGACUGGCAGAAGGAUGGCACAAGACUUGUCAAAGGGCAGGUAUGUUUAUAUGACGACAUAGAAAUACACAGGGGGGCUGUGUUUGAUAGCCUUUGUGAGUGUUCAGACCCAGAGUUUGAUGAGCUGACUGUUCAAGCUGUUGAAUUAAUUCUUGCUAGUUUUGUGAAGGUAUGCUGUAAGAUGCUAGCUGAUCAUUUGGAGCACGGCAGAUAUGAUGAGGUGUCACCAGAUGUGGCUGAGAAAAUGCAGUCAGUUCCUAAAACUAACGAGAGCUGUGAGAGAGAUUUUGGAGUGCUUGACACAUUAAUCAGGAUCAAGACAAAUGCCACAGGCAUUGCUCUUGAAGGAAUGAUCAUGUACAAAGAGAAUCGCACCUGGGAGUGGCUCUCUAAGCUGGAUUCCAGAAAGAAAGAGGAAGUGCUGGAAAUUGCUAGACGGUCUGUCAAGGAACAAAGAGCUACAUUCGGUAAGAGAAUACAGAAGAUUAAAGAAGUUAGGGUGAAGGCCUUAUCAGAGAGGAAAAAAGUAAAAGUGAAAGAUUCGAGUGAAGAAAAUGAGAUGACUCUCAAACAACAGCUGACAGCUGAGUUGGGCAGAUAUGGAGGCCUGUGGGAAACCGAAGAACAGAUUGAUGAACAAAUACAACUUUUAGAUGAAUCUUCUAGGUAUGCAGCAGUUAUUUCUCAGCUCAAGUUUAGAAGAUUUGUCCUGGGCAUGAAAAACGAGCAAGGAAUUUUUAACAUUUCCAGAGCUGGGAGAAAACUUGGCUUUAAUGAGCUUGUGCGCAAUUUGAAAAGUGCUGUAGUAAAGGUAGAGCAGGGUUUUCCAAAAAGGACCUGUAGUUCAUCGGCAAAAUCUAGAUUAACGAUCUCUCCAAGCAAUGAGAGCAGUCCAGCAGUGAAGAAAAUUAAGUUUACUCCCAAUAAAGGCUUGGGUCUAGCAGGAGAGGCUCAGGCAGAAGUCACUCUAACAGAGAUGAUCCCAGCAAAGGUUAAGGUAAACCUUGAAGGUGAAUACACCCCAGCAGUAGCUGAGCGUAUAGCCCAAGAAAAGAAACGUUUUUUGGAAGAGGCUGUUUAUCUGCAGGCCAAAGUCAGAGACAGUGGAAGAAAGAAGAUGGGGUUGGGGGGGUUAAGAACCCCAAAGGUUAGCUGCCCUGAGCAGCUUCUAGGAAAGAGGGUUAGACAUGCCACUGUGGAAAAUGGAGAAAGAACCUGGUUCAAAGGUACUGUUAUAGCAGUGAGGGAAGAACAGGGUGCGCAGACCUUUCAGAUCGUUUAUGAUGAAUGCCAGAUGGUCUGGUGGUUUGACCUAUGGAAGGACUUUCAAGAGAACAACCUGGAGCUGUUACCAGUAAGGACUGAAGACCUGCUAGGAAAGCAGGUAGAGCACCUGUUUAUAAGUAGUGAAGAUGGUGCCGAGACCUGGUGGCCAGGCAGGGUUUUGCAUUGUAAAGGGGAUGGAAACUCUUUUGUUAUUGAAUAUGAGGAUGAAGAAAGUGACUGUGAAAGAGUGUUUGAAUAUCCUCUGUUGGAUGACUACGUAGCAAAUGAAUUGAGAAUUUUAUCAUAGGACCAGUGAAAAUAAUCUGCUUUUGCAGACCUACAUAAGUCAUUUCUCAUUUCUUUUUAUUGGUCAGAGGGUGGUCAGAGGUUAGUCAUGGAUAGAGGACUGUGCUUUUUUGCUCUUGAAGCAAAUAAUGAAGGAAGAAAAUUUAAAAAAUAUAUUUUGGUUUAUGAUAAAAUAAUUGAGAAACUUAAUGUCAGAUUGAGCCGCCUAAUUGAUUAGUUGUACUAAUUGUAUCACAUACAUUUGAUUUAGUUGUUGUUUGUAGUUUUAUGAGGCUAAAAUAGGAAAUCAAACACUAUUUGAUGCUCAGUGUUGUUCAAAAUGGUCUUUAGUUUAUUUCUUAAUUUGUCAGAAGACAGUUGUUCUAGUAGUUAUCAGAGUCUCUUUUAAAAUCAAUAGUUGAAGUACUUUAAAAACAAAACCUUAUAGUGCUGCUCUGAUCCAGAUGUUUUCUGAUCACCGAAAUAUCAAAUUGGAACUGUUUUUCAGCAAAGUGGUUUUUGCUGUACAAAACCCAGCCUUAAGCUACAGUAUCUAGAAUACUCUAGUGCAUUAAAUUACUUUAGUAUUGAAAUAAUUGUAUAUAGGCAUGUCCAAAGGCAUGUUUGUGUGUGUCACAUUCUUUGCAUAGAAGGUAUCAGGUUGGAAAACCUUUCCUCUAAACCUUUGUUUAGUUGAAUAAAAAUACCUCAGUAUGACAUUCAAUGCAUUUCUUUAUACAGUACAUUUUUUGUGUUUUUUUUUAAUUUAGGAGAAUUUAAAAAUCUUCUGAGAUACUGUAUAAGGCUGUAAACAUGGCAAUUUAAAAGUGUUACUUUGGAAUAUUUUUUUAAGCAAAUUACUUUGUACUCUUGUUUGAGCAAGAAGUAGAUCUGCCAUUUUAGAGUGGGAAAAGUCCAAAAUGGGUUGGGCACAUCAAUGCAGGAAGCAGAAUUAUUAACCAAAUAAUGUAAGUUAGAUUUCACUUUGAAGUAGAUUAGUAACUAAAGGAAUUAUCUUACAACUCCUCAGAAGACCACAUGUAAAUCCCUCGGUCCCCUUUUAAAAGUCCAUAGAAAUGUUUUUUUUUUAGAAAAAGUCAAAAUAAUAAAGACAAGCAAGUAAGAUUACAAAGCUGGAAGCAACCUGAGAAAAUAAUUUUAACGCACAAAUGAGUGCUGUGCUUGAUGACGCUGCAGAAGUGUUAAUGUUGACACAUUUGCAUCUUCUACACAAUAUGGGGAAGCAACAAAGGGACAAAACAUCAGGAUUUAUAGUCAACGUAUAUUAUGUUAAAACACAACAUAAAUCAUCACCUGUUAUAAAAAUCAUUUAGAAUAUUUUGUACCAUUUUGGUCACCACGUUACAGAAAUGAUAGUGUUGCUCUGGAUUCAGUCCAGAAAAGACCAAGCAUCCGUUUUUCAAAUCUUUAAGGACACAAGGCCAACGCAAUGGGUUUGAGAAUUAACAGUGAAACAUGAACUGGAAGACACAAGCGGAAGCAAUGUGGAAGUGCAUUUAAAAGCCCUUAACGGAGGCACCUUAGAGAAAAGGCUGUGGGAGUCUGGAAGAAGCUAUCCAGCCCGGUUGUUGAAGCUGAUACCCUGGCUUCUUUCAAGAAAUGGAUGGAUGAGAUCUUUGGAUCAAUUAACUGCAAACUACCAAAAAUGGCCUCCUGUUGUUUGUAAUCUUUCUAAUGUUCUGAAGACUGUCAAUCAAAGCUGUUUUUAACUAACUGCUAAGUGUCUGAGUUUGUUUUGGAAGACUUGAGGAAGCAGCCCUCCUGUAUUGUAUACAGCUUAAUUACAUCUGUGGAUGUGAGAAGAAGUGUUAUCCUAUUAUAUGAAUAUUUUUAACGAUGUGAUACAUGGACUGCAACACUUUAUGGUUAUGCAGUGUUGGUGCUGGUCUUUCAAAAGACAUGAAUUUUUUCCAAAAUGGAAAAUGGGACUAAUCUCUUACAGACUCUGAAGCUAAUUUAAAAGAACUUCACGGGAAAACAGCACUGCCAGUUGCUUCAUUUACAAAUUUUAGGUUUUUUUUUUUUUUAUUCUUGCUGCUAUUUCAUAUACUGUAUGUUAUUCAUGUACUGAAUGAGCUGUGUUAGAACUGCUUUUUAUCUUGUAACUUGCAAUGGCUUACAUUACAUCUUGUGAGUCAGUGUUAUCAUAGACCUAUGUGAACUGUGCCACUUUAGCUAAGGUGAUCCAUAAGCAAUUGUCAGCUGAUAUUUUGAUAAAUGAAUUUCCAGGGUGUAGGUUUCAUCAAUGCAAUCAUGACAAAAUUUAGCCUUUACAUUUCUUGUUAUUUAAUGUCCACAGCAAGCGAAAUGCCCACUCCAUAGUAAAUGAAUUACAGUUGGUUGGCAUUUUGCUUAUCUGCAACAUUAGAUGUAACUUACAUCCAGUUAUCCACCACUAUUAUGCACAUUUUCAUUAUCAAUAUAAUCUACCCCAUGCUCAGGACUGCACCGAAACUCAACUUUUUUAUUUUGCAAAGAUUAUAACGUAGUGUUUAUCAUUUGGUUUAAGAAAAUGCCAUUUCUGUGACUGUAUUAUGUGUUGUAUGUGUUGGUAUGGUAUGGGCAAAACAAUAAGGUAAUAUCUUGUGUAACUGUAACUUUUAGCAUGAAAUCUUUUUAAAACACAAUCUUGUUCUGUAUGUAUUCUGCCAUAUUAUAACGAACGGUUGUCCAAGCCACUUAUAACCAUGUACCCACAAUAUUUACUUUCUGUUCAGAGCAUAAAAUGGAUUAGACUAAUUACGUUAUUGGCAAAGUAGUCAUGGGUGGGGGGAAUUAUCUGGAAUAUGGCCUACAAUAGAGUCGUGCAGAUGUACUUCUAGAGUCUUACUGAAUUAUUGUAAAGAAGAACCAAACUGCUCCAGAUGGGUCUUUUUUGAGCCAGAAAGAUAUUGAUUUUGGUCGUCGACUAUUUUGAAGCAAGACUUAUGGCUGAUACUAUGAAUACCUUCUGGAUGAAGACUACCUCUCUCUUGGUGCUAAAACGGUGAAAGGAAUAUAAAUCACAGACUGUCUAGCAGGGGUGGGAGGAAUGGCUGGUGUUGAAGACCAUGAAAGAAGAUCCGUGUUCCAGUCUGAAGUUCAUCUGCCGACUUGUCAAAGACCCUGUCCUCUGUGGCCAAUUCUUUGCCAGAGAAACAAAAAAGAACCUUAACUAAAUUUCCCAUGGACUUUCCACAGCAGCAGCUGAUGGGAGAAGACUUAGGUCCAUACAGUUCUUCAAGGGGUAAUUAUAUUCUGAAAAAAGCAACAGUUUUUCCAGACCAAACGAAAACCGUUUUACCUCUUCCCUCCCGAAAGGACAAUCAACAAGGUGCUGCCCUUUUUGACUUCUCACAAGAUGGGAACUCUCAGAUGCAGAAGGCUACACUGGAACUGCACAAGGAAGUGUUGGCGCUUCAGAAAGAAAAGCUCAUCCUAGAGAAUGAGAAACUCCAACUGCAAAUUGAAAAGAUAAAACUCAGGAAAGCGAAAAUAUGCAGCUAAUCCUCCGCCAUUAAAUCUGUGGGAUACUGAUGAAAAGGGAGUGUACAAAAUUUGACAAUGUUAUGUUUCAGUGUAGUCAAACCCCAAUAUAUUUUAGCAGUUAUGCAAAAGACAAAUAUAAAUAUUUAAACCACAGCAUAUUACUGUUAUUAGUUGCCAGAAAAUAUCAUUUUAGAUUACAUUUUUGGUGUCCUUUACUGGAACUUUUUUGUAUAUGAGGGUGCAAUUAAAAGGAUUCAUAGUGCAUUAUUAACAUAGUCAUUCCUCUGUCUUUUUCACCAGGAGGGAUAGAAUUGCAUCUCUUUCUGAAUGUUUACAGUAAAACGGUACUGAGGGCACUUCUGAAAGCCUGUCAGUAUAGUGUCACGUUAUCAUUUAGAACAUUUCUGCAAAUGUUGUUAAAAAAGCUGCUCAUGGCUGUUAAGGUUGGAGGCAGACUUGUGCCGUCUCAGCCAACAUAAGAGAACGAGAAAGGAUAUCAAAAUGCUCCUCGCUAGCAGUUGUAUUCUCGUUUUUCAGCAGUUUGGUGAUGGACUGCUUGAUACAACAUGAAUAUUUAGUUAGGGCUUGGUAAUGAACUGGAAAACUGACAACAUUUUUUCUGCUCAAAUUGCGUGUCUAGCAGAAAAUGGACAUAAACUUUUAUUGUGUUCUGCUACAUUUACUACUUCAUAGAUCAUAGGCCUAGAUUCUUAUUUCCCAUUCUUCCAGGAUAGGUUUGCGUUUUAGCCGUGUUCGACUCUUAUGUACUUUCCAAUGUCGUAAAACUUGAAGGACGGAUCAAUAAAUAUACUUGAUGUCGCUGAGAAAAUCA